AUGACCAACACAAAAUCCACACGAUCUUCCACUUCUAAAACCACUACUAUUAAUAAACCUGACAAGUCUUCUAAAUUGUUAGAUUUACUUAGAAGGGUCAGCACAAACAAAUCCACUUCAAUUCAAAAAUCCGAUAUUAGCUCCAAAAGUAAUAAGGUUAAAAUGAAAAUGCCUUCAACUAAAAAGGAGAAAUGA